AUGCCUCAAUUUCCAGUUCUACGACUGCAGAAAAUAAAUAACAACAAAAGCUUGUAAGUGGUGUGUAGUUGGAACAGAAAAUCACGACCUGCUCUAUUGGCGACAUGCUCUCUGAUCCGACAUUUGUAGAAUGCGCACUGGGGUCGCUGGCUAUGUAAAUGAUUGAGUGCAGCAGCUUACGCCGCAUUCUUAUUUUGCGGAAGCGAGAACGCCCGACACUGAGCUCGCGCCCUUCUCGCUUUAGCGUUAAGGCGCGCCUGAGAACUGCAGCUGAAGACAUUGUUGCAGAACCCUCACGGGUAUGAGGUUUAAGGUGGUAGGAUUCACGAGUCAUUUUAAGUAGGAGAGGUGGAAAGUGACAAUCAGGCGUGCAUUGACUUUUGUCAAUGGGCUAGCUUUGCCAUGGGUUGGCGUGUGGAAUUUACAGGAAAAAAAGACAGCAUGAUAUGGGCUUGACAAGAGAAGCAGUUUUAAAACGGCUUCUGUUCUGCUAAGAAUAUCCGUGGUGUGUGGUGCAUGUUCUGUCAUGGUUUUAGACAAAGAAAGAGAGCCCAUUAUACUCCAUAAAAUGCAUCGCCUUUUCACUGGAAGCGCUUUAAACGAAGCUGUAGAAAGGAUGAGCUGUGUCACGGGAACCUGUAUGCGCCUGGCGUUCGCUCAAGCUGAAUAUUUUGAAGAAAAGGUCAUACAAAAGCCGACUUUCAGUGUUCCCCGGAGCAGAGUCAGAUUCGUUUACCGAAUGUUUGAUUUGAUUCCUCACUAGGAAAUAUUUAAAAUGUUCUGACCUUUCUUUCCUUUGGUGCAAUCAUCGUUGGACUAGUUAAGUACUUUAGGCGUCUGUAUCCUGGGGAAGCUUAGUUAUCACACAUGCUGUUUAUUUCAAAAUGAAUAAUUCGCAGUUCGUUAUUUUCUUGCCUGUUAUCACUCACCUGCCUGCCCGUUGAGAGAGAAGCCUGACCAGUCUUGAGAUCAGGUUUAGCCGCGCGCCCGACUCUACUGUAGACUACAAAUCUGAAGCGAUGUGCUGUUUCCUGCCAUCUACUAUUACAUCUUCAUUCGGACUGCGGGCUCGGUACUUUCCUUUCAUCAGUUCCACAAUGGGAACAUCUGGGAGUAAAUGAAAGAGAAUUCAGCGAAAUACGCCCGGAGCAUUUAAAUGUCCCGCAAUGAUUUCUAGAUAUGUUGGUAUUCGUGUGAGUAAUGCGGUUGACAAAAGUUGAUAUGAUCCUAAGGAAAUGUGAUUUGCUGCGGCGACCGAAAGGAUGAUACUGCUGUUUCUUCCUCACUAUUUGCAGAAUGGACAUAUAAGGAAGCGUACAGUCUAACACAAUUCUAGGGAAAUGGACAGCACUCUUUUCCACCAGUGCGGACCUAACCGUUAAAUGCAGGUUACUGAGGUUUAUAAUAUUGUGCGUUUCAUUUUUGUUUGUUCAGGUUGUUUUUACACUAGAAAAUAAUUAUUUAUCUGAUUUAAUUGUUCUAUCGGAUUAAUGAACUGUUUUUUUCAGUAGAAUAGUUUUUAAUGAUAACAUGCUCGUUUUCUGUUGUGGUAACCUCGAAAUGUUAGUGUAGUAGAGCAAAAUGCAAAUUAUACAUCCAGUGUUAUCUGGCCCGCUGCCCAGGAAUAACAGUGAUUUCAAGUGAAAAUCUACAAGUGUGGCGAAACCGUCCAUUGUUUUCGUUCUGUGCUGUUUGUCCCCUUUUCACAUCUGCAGAAAUAAAUACAUUGUUUAGUCUCAAAUAUCUGACUAAAAGUCAACCUGAUUCGCGUGCCAGUGCCACGCACAGCGAGGGAAAUCUCCGCGAGGUAGUGGAAUACAAAGUGCGUUGUGCCGGAGGCUGAAUCUCUCCUCAAGUGAGCGCUGAGCGAAUGCCGCUCCCUCCUCCGAUGCGGAGUUGGUCGCUGUCCGUUGCCCUGGUGGUGCUGAAAUUUGGAUGAUGCCUAGCCAGCGACUACAAGGCUGCCGCUCCCUACACAUAAAUGAAGACAACGGCCGCUUUCUGCUCCUUGCCAUCCUGAUCGUGUUGUACCUGCUGUGUGGCGCCGCAGUGUUCUCCGCCAUCGAGAGACCCUCGGAGGUACAAGCCCACGGCCGCUGGAAUCGGACACUGUACAACUUCAGCGAGACGUUCAACAUUAGCCUGCAGGAUCUGAACUCCUUUCUGCGCGAUUAUGAAGCUGCGAUCGCCACCGGGAUCAGAGCCGAUUCUUUAAGACCGCGAUGGGACUUUACUGGAGCAUUCUACUUUGUCGGAACUGUUGUUUCAACUAUUGGUUUCGGGAUGACCACCCCGGCGACGGUGGCAGGGAAGGUUUUCCUCAUCUUCUACGGCAUGCUGGGUUGCGCGGGCACCAUCCUGUUCUUUAACCUGUUCCUGGAGCGCAUCAUCACCCUGCUGGCCGUGGUGAUGAGGGCGGUGCAGGAGCGGCGUCUCCGGCGCAGCGGCCUCUUCCCGCCGGGCCUCCGCCGCGACUUCGCCGAGUCCUGCCUGCCGGGCUGGAAGCCCUCCGUCUACCACGUGAUGCUGAUCCUGGGCCUGGCGUCCAUCGUGCUGUCCUGCUGCGCCUCGGCCAUGUACACGCCCGUGGAGGGCUGGGCCUACAUGGACUCGCUCUACUACUGCUUCGUCACCUUCAGCACCAUCGGCUUCGGCGACCUGGUGAGCAGCCAGGGCGCCGCCUACGAGAACCAGGGCCUGUACCGGCUGGCCAACUUCCUGUUCAUCCUGUCAGGCGUGUGCUGCAUCUACUCGCUCUUCAACGUCAUCUCCAUCGUCAUCAAACAGGUGCUCAACUGGAUGCUGGGGAAGAUGAACUGCCUGUGCUGCCAGCGGUGCCACAGGGCCAACGCCUUCCUGGGGCGGCGGAACGCCAUCCGGCCCGGCGCCCGCGUGCGGCAGGCCCGCUUCGCCCGCCCGCCCGACUCGGACGGGCCCUACGAUAGCGACACGGACGGCCGCCGCCUCUCCGGCGAGAUGAUCUCCAUGCGGGACCUCACGGCCUCCAACAAGGUCUCCCUGGCCAUCAUGCAGAAGCAGCUCUCCGAGACGGCCAACGGGUACCCCAGGACGGUGGGCAGCAGCUCGCGGCAAAACGGGUUUUCGGGGGGCGUGGGGGCCCUUGGCAUCAUGAACAACCGUCUGGCGGAGACCAGCGACAGCAGGUAGAACCUGCUGAGGCUGAGGCAGAUCGAGAGGGAGAGAGAGAGAGAGAUGAAAGCAGAUAGGGUGAUGGAAAGGACAGCGAGGAUGGGGAUUUCACAAACAUGAGCACGGAAGAGGAUUUGUGGGAGGAGAGAUGUAAAGAAAGCACAACAAUGGAUAACUAACCGACACACAAGGCAAAAUACAGUACUACAGGCUUCCGAUCUGGGUCAGUUCGUGGGUGUGUCUUUUUCCUUCUUACCCAUUUUUUUCACGACUUGUGCUUGUGUUUUUGUAUUUCCCUGAAUGGAGCCUGUCAGCCUCAUGAUGACUUUACAGUGGAUUUACAGAUCGGCUGUAGUGAUUCCUGGGUUUUGGUGGCACCAUACUGGGACUGAAGCACCUGCUUUCAUAACCUGGGCAGAAAGCCCGAGUCCUGCUGUUGGGAUGCCCCACGGCGGUACACAGGAAGUCGCGGCGCCCUUAUUUCUCCAAGUCCUUGAUAUCAAAGUCACAGGAACACAUUCUCAGUACUGCGCACCAGCUUUCACAGCUGUGUUCCUGAGCUGUUUAGCCUGCUUGACAAAUCAAGAUCAACAUUUUGAGCAUGGUAGUGCUCCAGAUCUCUCAGUGUAAAAUCUAAGGGUUAGGAAUAUUAUAUUGCUUUAAUUUAAUUUUUGG